GUUACUCAUCCCUUCUAACAUCUCUCUCUCUCUCUCUCUCUCUCUAAACCUAAACAACAAAAGGGUUUCACACAACUUCCAAACAUCACCCACGAAAUUCCAGUCCUUUUGAGCUGAUUUUUCAUCAAGAUCUUUGAUGGGUUUCCAUAUUUCUUUGAUUCUUGAUGACACCCAUCAAGAACUUUAGUCACAAUCAGCUACACGAGAUUAGUGUAUCGGUGUGGACUGUCAAUCUACGAGAUUACUUUCAAUGGAGAUCAAUCUCAACAAAGAACAAAGUACUGAAAUAAGUAUAUUCAUCAAUUUUUCUAUUCGUAAUUAUGUCGCUGAAAUUCGCAAGAAAAAUCCAGUAAAAUGUUGGCCUUUUGGAUCAUUACGCGAUCCUGACGACAAGGUUGUUUCUUCAUGUCAAUCAUCAGAGUCUAAAUUAUUGUCUAGCCAGCAUUGUCCCACUAAUAUUAACGGUUCAGAUGACACAACAAAGGCUACAAACCUAUCUAAAGUUGAAAAUCAUAUUGGUAAAGAGGACCGACCCGAAACUACAACUGAUAUGAUUGAAUCUUUAAGAGUGGAUAGUAAUAUGGAAAAAGUUGUAUGCAAUGGGUCAUCAGAGUUGACUUUUUGCAAAGUCAAUAAUGGUCAAAACCGACACGAAAACAAUGUCAAUGAAGGCGCUAAAGUUAGGAAUAAUGAGGCUGCUGAUAACAACGAACCUGGAAGAAACAAACCGCGAAGAAAAUCGAACAAGUCUCGUCUAUUGUCGGAUAUAUAUAAGGAUCCUGCAAGUGAACUUCGAGCCGGUUGUGAUAUAACAAAUCCUGAAAAUGUUAACAAGAGAUUUGCUGCAGAAGGUGAAGAUGAUUCAGAUGAUGAUGUCACUUUGGCUGCAUAUUUUAGAAGGCAAAAGGGUGUUGAUAUUACUGAUUUAAUACUAAACAAGAAGAAGGAUAUGAUUGGAGUUGAAGAGCCAAGUGUUGACCAGGAUAAAAAGUCAAAUCAUGGAUCCAAAGACUCGAUUGGAAAGGAUUCAAACGUUGGUACCUCGAGAAAGAAAAGAAAAACUGAUGACAUCGAUACACAAACAAUGCCGGAGCAUAAAAAGGAUUUCCGGUUACAAUGCAGCCAAGAAAGUAAUCCAUCUGCAAACAUUAGUAGCAAGGAAGCUACACAAAAAGAAAAUGAAGAUUCUGAAAUGGAGGCCGUGAUGCUCUUGGCUCGCCAUUUUAACGAACAGAAACAAAUCCUACGUGAGCUUCAGACAAACACGACUUGUGCACAUGCCAAGAAAAAGAUCCGAGACCCUUCAAUAGAAUCCGGCAACAAACCCGUCACUAAAACAUCAUCUAAAACUACAACAAAACAUCAAGUCAAAAACAUUACUAACAAAAAGCGAGAGAAAGAUUUUUGUUCAGUUGAAAUGAUGUGUUUUAUGCCCACAAAAGCUACACUUGGUGGUGGUUUUCAAAGUCACAUUGAAACGAGCAUGAUGACGCCUGCUGGAGUAGGGCCGGAUGCACAAAACUGUGCGACUCUCAUAUGCUCUUUCAAUAGAAAUCCAGCAGAUUUCAGCAUACCAAAUGGUAAAAGCAAGUUUAUGAGAGGAUGUUGAAGUUUAAUUAGAUGGCGUUUAUUAACGAAUUCUUUGGUUAUUUAAGACGCUUUGUUGGUCUAAAGUUUAGGAUUGUUGUAUUGUACUACCCCAUAUUAGAUAGCUAGUUGUUAAAGAAAGCAGGAAGUAUACUUUGAACAUGUAACAAAUCUUCAAACUUGUUUCAAUAAUAAGCUUUUUCAUAUAUGAAUAGUUAUUUAAAGUAA